UGAAUACUGAACUAUACUGUUGACAGUGUACAUUUAAGACGAAGUACAUUAACAUAAAGGCUUUGGCUGUCCUGUUAGUCUACUGUACCACAUGAUCCAAUGUGCUGGGAAAAAACUGCUAUUUGCUAGUCUGGUACUUCACAUUGGAUUUAAUGAGUGCUAUAGCCUACUUAGGUUUUGUGUGGCAUUGUGUCAAUGUAACUUGCUCUGGCUUUGAGACAGUAUGCUGCAUUAUCAGUAAUGACUUCUGUUCAGGUGUUGGCAUUGGAGGUUUCUCUUGGGUUUGGUCCUGUAGUAUUUUAGGUAUACUGAGCUAUUGUCAUCCUUAGAUUUAGAGCUUUCAUCUGGCUGUUGCAGAGAAUGAUGUGGCAGUUUGUCCGUUGUCUGUGGACCUGCUAUUUAUAUCCCCGAACAGGGUGAACUCGUAUUUAACUUGUUUUUCAGAUAUUCAAUAGUGUCCCUACUUAAUUGACUUAAAUAAUGCCUUUUCCCAUCAGGAUGAGAGGUUGACUAUACCUCCCUCAAGCACCUUGUACAUAAUUAUUUGUUUUGUGGAAUAUCUCAUUCCAUGUUUUAGCUUAAUGACAUUACCCUGCCUCCACAGUGUCGCCUCCCAUCUCACUUUGUACUGACCCAGUUCUUGUGAUGAGAUUGUGUCACAACAUAUCCAUACCAUCCCAGACACAAACUUGUUAACAGCACUGCCCUGAAUGGGGCUUCUAAAGUGGGGCAGUAGAGUCAGAUUCCCUUGGUGCCUCAUGUUCAGCCCACUGGGACAGCUAGACCCACAGUAAGUCAUUUGUGUGGUUGUCAGCUGAUCCAGUCUGCAUUGUCAGAUCAGCCCAAUGAUCGGGGCUUGCCUAGCUCCUUACAACCAAUGAAGUUCUAAUGCUGUAGGAUGGUAACCGUACUAGUUGUGCGUUAGACCUAUAGUUUCAUUAUGGAAGGUUGCAUAGCAACUAUAACAAGAUGUGAUGGUGUUUUAACCUUGUUCUCUGGUUUUUGCCUUAUGGUGCGUUCUCUAUCCUUUCAACAUCUUGGUACCAGGAGUUCAAUGGAAACUAUUUAGUCAUGAAUUCUGAUAUGGCUGUGCUUGGCUAAUGAGUCUGUCUAGUCAUAGUCUAAGAAACUGGCAGUGUGGCAGAAUUCUAAUCUGGAAUGGACAGACGGCCACUAUGCUAAGGCCUGAUGGUUUAUCAGUCACCAUUGCUCACUCGAAAGCAGCCAUUUUGUAACUCGUAGAUACAAAUGGGCUCCCAGAAUAUUUUCCUGUUAUUGACAGUGUGGGCCUGACAACAGUGUGGAUAUAUCAGAUUAAUUGCUGGACAUGCUGGGCAGUCCCCUGGGCCAGAUCCUGGGCAAGCCCCUUGGCUAUAACCCCCCCAGUGAGCCCAUGGGCACGGCAGCUGAAUUCCUGGAAAAGUUCCCCGGCAUGGCUCGCAUGACCAGCCGCCUGGACUCACGCUCCUUCCUAGACUCGCGCUCCAGCAGCCCUGUAGACUCUGAAACCAGUGGCUUCAGCUCUGGCUCGGACCACCUCUCAGACCUGCUCUCCUCCCUGAGGAUCUCUCCCCCCCUACCUUUCCUCAUGUCCAACAUGCAGAAGGACUCUAUGAGGCUGAGCUCUCUGGGCUCCAGGCUGAACUACCAGGACCACGGCUCCCCUCUCACCCCACCGCCCAGCGCCACCAGCUCUGCCACGGCCCUGUCCCGCCGCUGGCCCGGGGCCUCAAUAUGGCCCAACCUGGACCUGCUGGAGACGCCCGACGACCCCUUCAGCAUCGAGAGGGAGGCCCGUCUGCACAGGCAGGCAGCCGCUGUAAAUGAAGCCACCUUCACCUGGAGUGGACAACUUCCUCCCCGCAACAACAAGAACCCUCUGUACUCAUACAAGGUCUUCCUGGGAGGAGUACCCUGGGAUAUCACUGAAGCCGGUCUGAUCAACACAUUCAGUGGCUACGGCCCUCUGAGUGUGGAGUGGCCCGGUAAGGAUGGCAAGCAUCCUCGUUGCCCUCCCAAAGGCUACGUCUACCUUGUGUUUGAGAACGAGAAGUCUGUUCGUGCGCUGCUCCAGGCCUGCACCCAGGACCUGCUCCACCCCGAGGAGAACGGAGAAUACUACUUCAAGAUGUCCAGCCGCAGGAUGCGCUGCAAGGAUGUGCAGGUGAUCCCCUGGGUGAUCUCUGACAGUAACUAUGUGCGCUGCCCCUCCCAGCGCCUGGACCCCAGCAAGACUGUCUUUGUGGGCGCUUUGCACGGCAUGCUCAACGCAGAGGCCCUGGCCAGCAUCAUGAAUGACCUGUUCGGCGGCGUGAUGUACGCUGGGAUUGACACCGACAAGCAUAAAUACCCGAUAGGUUCUGGCCGCGUCACCUUCAACAACCAGCGCAGUUACCUGAAGGCUGUGUGUGCAGCGUUUGUAGAGAUCAAAACCCCCAAGUUUACAAAGAAGGUUCAGAUUGACCCCUACCUGGAGGACUCCAUGUGCCAAGUGUGCAGUCGCCAACCCGGGCCGUUCUUCUGCAGGGACCAGGCCUGCUUUAAGUACUACUGCCGCUCCUGCUGGCACUGGCAGCACUCCAUGGACCUUCUGAGCAACCACCGGCCCCUGAUGCGCAACCAGAAGAACAGGGAGUCCAGCUAGAGCAGAGGAGUCCAGCGAGGGGGCGGAGAACCCCACACCUCACGGGUGAGGACACACAGCGGGCGUCCGCAGAGCACGAGUGUCCAGCUGCCCCGACACCAGGGGCACCAUGGCACUCCCACCAGGAUUGGGGGAGAAACACUGUAGAGAAGUCUACUGCUGCACUUGCUACUUUUUGCUGUUUACUUGUUCACGUUGGCACUAUGCACAGUGACCUUGUUGGGAUAGUCAGGGGCCCCACACUUCCUUAUGCAGUUUCCCUGACUUGUGGCCAGACGAGGAUGAUUCAGGCCAGGGUUCAGAAGUAGAUGAAAACGCCUUGAUUUUUUUUUUCUUCUUAUCCUUAAAUUUUGAUUUUGUUUUACAUGCGUUGCAUUUUGAGAGAGCAUGCACGUCUCAUUGCCUUUCGUUGGUAGAUACCAUACAGUGCCUUCAAAUAGUUCCACCCCUUCCCCCCCACCCCCAGUUGGCUUACUGUUUUUCCUGUGCAAGCCAGCUGGUGUUUUUUACUUUGGAAGAUGAGUUGGGCUUCAUUUAACCAGUCGCAUUUCAGACAUUUUUACGCAGUUUUUUACUAAUUUGUACACAAACGGUUUUAAGUCAUGACAAGGAAAUUUGGAACCGAAUUCUACCUGGCGGCUUUUUAAUUUUUUCCCCUCCCCUUGGUUUUUCCUCACCCCGAAGUAUUAGUCUGGGGCUGGUGGUAGAUUUGUUCUCCCUACGAUGUUCUACUGCAGGGGUAUGCAACCCUGUUCCUGGAGUGUCGCAAGGUCUGCAGGAUUUUGUUCCAACUAGGCACCACACCUGACCAAUUGAUCUGUUCAGUGAUUUCCUAAAUUCAACACCUGGUCUUCCAGGUUGGUUAAAAUGUAUAACAUGAAGUGCAUGUGGCACUCCAGGACCAGGGUUGCCUUCCCCCUGUUCUACUGAAUGGGCACAGAUUAAGGUGUUGAAGCAUUACUUUUCUUGUAUUGUUGGGCAAGUUCAUAAAGCCCAACGUUACUGGACACUGCUUCAACUGGGUUUCCAUGUUUUUCAAUCAAUUGGAUGGAUCUUUACUGAGACGAACGGACAUUGACGUUUUGAUUGUAAGUUACAUAGUUUUAUUGUUGCACUUUUUAAUUUGCACUUUAGGAGAGGGUGGCAGUGAUUUGUAAUCACUGUUUUUGUACAUCAACAGAGCUCAGAUAUGAAGCCCAGAUAUGAACCGCUGCUUGUUUCCUGUUGAAUGUAGAACUUCCACUUUGCUAAAACCGUACCAAGAGCUUGAGUAGACCUAACACAGCUUUCCCUGUGCUUUCUUACUCCAUCGCCUUCCUUGUUCCUGUUGGAUAUAUGCAUAUUAAGCUGUGUGCCAAAGACUAAGUGUCUUUCCCCCAUCAAGUUACUCAUGCUGAGCUUGUCUUAGCCCAGCUGCUUUUUAGAGUUUUGAAAGUCUACCUCACUGUGGUCUCUUUGCUGCUACUUACUGAUGUGGAUAAUGUUCAGAUUGGGCACAAUAAAGGUGUUUAAGCAUUA